AUGGUUUCUCCUACUUUCCUCUUAAUGAUAUUUUCUUCAUUAGUUUUUGAUGGAUUAUGCGGUGCAUCGUUCUCUAGCCAGCAUGAAGUGAAGACUAUCAAGACAAAACAUGGUGUUUAUGAUUGUGUAGACUUCUACAAACAACCGGCGUUUAGCCAUCCAUCGCUGAAAAACCAAUCAUCUAAGGUUUCAAAGACAUUGAAGGUUGGUUUUAAUGGUGGUUGCGGGGAAGAAGGGGUAGGGACGACUAGAUUAAAGGAGGUGAUACCAAACUUGGUAGAACUUCAACGGCAAAAAGUUAACGGCUUCGGAUUCAAGGACGAUAGUUGUCCUAUAGAAACUGUUCCCAUUUUACGAAUUAAUCAAAAUAAUGACGUGAACAAUCCUCUACCUCUUUAUUUGCAUUGCGUUGCUUUAGCUCAUACAAACAAUUUGAAAAGGAAAUUCAAUGGAGUUGGCGGCUCACUUGCAAUUUAUAAACCUAAUGUACAAAAUAACGAUCAAAGUUCCUCAACGCGAUUAAAACUUUCAAAUGGGAAUGAUAGUUUUGAAGCUGGAUGGAUGGUAAAUCCUAAAGUAUUCAAUGAUAAAGAAGCACAUUUGUAUGCCAGUUUUUCGGCUGGAGGAAAAAGUUGCAUAAAUAUACAAUGCCCAGGUUUUGUUCAAGUGGCUACAGAUAUUCCUUUGGGUAUAUCCCCACCCAAGUACUCUACAAUUGGUGGACUACAAGUGGCUUGGAAUUUAUCAAUAGAUAAGUAUCCCGUAAAAGAAAAGCAAUUGGAUAUGCCCAAAGAAUUAUUUAAUGAAUUGGCACACGUUGCUGAUAAAGUUGAAUGGGGAGGUGAGGUUUAUAGUUACGGACCAGGCUAUCCAAAAGUUCCCGCACCUGAAAUGGGCAACGGUCUACUAGCAACUACCAAUGCUCCAUAUUCAGCAGUUAUUGCACAUUCUACAUAUGUUGAUGAAAACUUUAAGAAUGUGUUAAAUCCCGAAGACAUUCAUAUGGUUUUGGAUUGUGAUCCACUUUACACUGUUAUAGAUGGUGGCUAUGAUACUGAUUUUCAUGGUCGCAUGAUAUUUUAUGGAGGCACUCAUAAAGCAUCAUGA